AUGGACAGUACACUGUCCUUGAUCUCUCUUCACCCUCAUCAUCCUCCGGGUGACCCUUGUUUCCGGAUCAGAACAGAUCUAUUCAACGUCCGUACCGUUCUCUACCCACUCCAACAACUCCAGAGUGGCCCGAACAGGGUCAGAGCAAUAUGGAAUGCAACCGAGGACGACUGCCGUCUCGGUCAAUGUGUCGCAUUUCACGGAGAGGGAUAG